ACCAUCACCGCAACCAUGAGAAGCGAGGCCGAGACCCAGCAGCCGCCCGCCGCCCCCGCCCUCAGCGCUGCCGACACCAAGCCCGGCACGACGGGCAGUGGCGCAGGGAGCGGCGGCCCGGGUGGCCUCACAUCGGAGGCGCCUGCCGGCGGGGACAAGAAGGUCAUCUCAACGAAGGUUUUGGGAACAGUAAAAUGGUUCAAUGUAAGAAACGGAUAUGGUUUCAUCAACAGGAAUGACACCAAGGAAGAUGUAUUUGUACACCAGACUGCCAUAAAGAAUAACCCCAGGAAGUACCCUCGCAGUGUAGGAGAUGGAGAGACUGUGGAGUUUGAUGUUGUUGAAGGAGAAAAGGGUGCGGAGGCAGCAAAUGUUACAGGCCCUGGUGGAGUUCCAGUACAAGGCAGUAAAUACGCAGCAGACUGUAACCAUUAUAGACGCUAUCCACGUCGCAGGGGUCCUCCACGCAAUUACCAGCAGAAUUACCAGAAUAGUGAGAGUGGGGAAAAGAAUGAGGGAUCGGAGAGUGCUCCUGAAGGCCAGGCCCAACAGCGCCGGCCCUACCGCAGGCGAAGGUUCCCACCUUACUACAUGCGGAGACCCUAUGGGCGUCGACCACAGUAUUCCAACCCUCCUGUGCAGGGAAAAGUGAUGGAGGGUGUUGACAACCAGGGUGCAGGAGAACAAGGUAGACCAGUGAGACAAUUCCGCAGGGGCCCUCCUCGCCAAAGACAGCCCAGAGAGGACGGCAAUGAAGAAGAUAAGGAAAAUCAAGGAGAUGAGACCCAAGGUCAGCAGCCACCUCAACGUCGGUACCGCCGCAACUUCAAUUACCGACGCAGACGCCCAGAAAACCCUAAACCACAAGAUGGCAAAGAGACAAAAGCAGCCGAUCCACCAGCUGAGAAUUCGUCUGCUCCCGAGGCUGAGCAGGGCGGGGCUGAGAAAAUGCCGGCUUACCAUCUCUACCAUCAUCCGGUUUAGUCAUCCAACAAGAAGAAAUGAAUACGAAAUUCCAGCAAUAAGAAAUGAACAAAAGAUUGGAGCUGAAGACCUUAAGUGUUUGCUUUUUGCCUGUUGACCAGAUAACUAGAACGAUCUGCAUUUUCUAUGCAGCAUAUGGGGU